CGCAGGCUCAAGCACACCUGUAUCGCUGAUCGGCAUAACAACGCAAAUUGUCGCCAAAACCGCGCUCACAGUACGGCAACCCCUCAAAGCGAGCAUAGCCCAGUUCAAAUGGCGUCGCUUGCACCGAUAGCAUUUGGUGGCCUUUUAUUUCUCCUCUCCGCCUCCUCCCUACACGGUGGUCAGAUCUGUGCGAAUCUAACUUCACCCUACUGUAGAAACGCCGGUUAUAGCCUAACUGCAAACUUCCCACCUAUCGAUGGAAAGCCAUUUCAGGCCGCCAAGGGCAGCGAGCUCAAUACUUAUUUGCAGUUUUUGAAAAUGUGUUCACCGUACUCGGAGACUGUGAUGUGUUCCCUGUUUUUCCCCAAGUGUGACCCGAGUAUUAACGGACCUCAUCUUCCUUGUAAAAGCGUGUGUAAUGAAUUUGUCGACAGUUGCAGCAUGUUUCUUAAUCUCGCUUCAACUAAAGGUGUUCUGGCCGUCCUAUGUGAUCUCCUGCCAGAGUUUGACGGUAACAACCAAACGUGUUUUCUCCCGAAAGGCUUUAAUAGAAGCACCGCCGCUCCGGGUAUCCCCAAAGAUGUAUGUCACAAAAUAGAGGAUGAGAACUGUGUUGAUGAUCUCCACUACAACGCCACAUUCUACAACAGCGCCAUGCAAUCCAAUGCCACAUUCAACCUCUUGCAGCAACUCGUCAUGAAAAACUGUUCAGCAAAGACUGAGAAGUUUACCUGCUUUUCACGUUCCCCACCUUGUUAUAAGGACAAGAACUCUAUCAAAAUCCCAUGCCAGUCCCUUUGCAAGGAGGUUCUUAAUGACUGUCAUAAAGAACUAUCAGAUCUUGGACUUCAUUGGCCAGAUUGUGAAGUAAUUUACCCUAAUGGGACAGGGGAGAAUGACCUAUGUCUGAUCUCUAAAUGGCCAGCCCCGUGGUCAGAUGGUAACUGGACAAUGCCGACAGCUAUACCUCCAACAACAAGUGUUUCCACGCCAACACCACCACCAACACAACCACCACCAACAACAAACCCAGUGAGUAAACAUUGCCAACCGAUGACCAUCAAGUCGUGCGCCAAAGCUGGUUACCCGUUUACCUUCAGCUACCCUGACGUGAAUGGCCAGCCAUACCAACAAGCGAAAGCCCUCUAUCUCGACUAUUACCUCAACUUGCUAAAAUGCUCCAAGCUAUCCGAACUGGUCCUGUGUUCAAUGUACGUUCCGCAGUGUCAGGAUGAGCACUUCCCUAAGCCCGUCCUGCCUUGCCGUCCAGUCUGCUACCAGUUCGUGAAGGAUUGUCACGCCUAUAUCCGGUUAGCUGCCAUAUUUGGCAUGGUCACGAGUAUUUGUGAUCUUCUUCCGGUCGAUUCGACACCGGAAGCGCCGUGUUUCGUGCCACCAGGGUUCGUGUCCCAGGCUGGUGGCACCUCCAAAGACGUGUGUCACCCCGUGGUCAAGAGCUCAAAGUGCGUUGACGAUCUCCACUACAACCAUACGUUUCUGCCGCCUCAAGAACAGGUUUCCUCGUACUUUAACCUUAUGAGGAGCAUCAUUGAUUCAGGCUGCUCCCCGGAAAUUGAACGUUUCUUCUGCUUCACAAGUCUUCCUCCGUGCAACUCCAACAAUGACCUCACUGUUCAGCUGCCGUGCAAGUCUCUUUGCCAAAAGGUUGUGCGAGACUGCAAGAUGGUGUAUGAUAGUUUGGGUUGGCCCGUGCCAGACUGUGAUUUCUUGCUGCCGAAUUCUACGGGCGUCAACGGAAUGUGUGCCAUAAGGAAUUUCCCUGUUCCCCUUAGACAUAUCGAUUCGUACACGCCGACCAAGUCCCCUCCCAAACGCAGGAAGAAGAAGUCUCAUGCGGGUGUGGUCGCAGGUAUCGUUGUUACACUCAUUAUCGUCGUCAUUGCUAUUGGGCUCGUUGUCUUUUACUUCAAGUUCUACAAGAAAAGGCAUCCCUUCGCCCCUCAAGUCUUCCACAAUGUGCAAUCCAAUGAAUACGAUUAGAGUCAAGAUCCCGAAAGGCUAACAAGUGCACUGUUAUGAGCACAUGCAGAAGGAUUUCAGCUUUAAAUAGUGAAUACCUCUGAUUUAUCAUAGAGAUACCGCACCAAAAUAGACUCCAAUAACACCCAUCACCAGGGAAGCUUUCUUGCACCGACAACCUUACCAGCGCUAUUGUCGUCUUUUAUGAAACAUCUGCACGACGUCAUCAGCAACCGUCUAAGUGACGUCAUCACCGACCUUGUGACCUUGUGGCUCUUAUGUUCACGCGAGGAGGGAGAAAAUCUCCAGUCUGUUUUAUAAAAAUAUUUACAAGAAAUGGAUAUUAGUCCCUGAAUGACAUAUUAUCUGACUAAAUGGUUCCUUUAAGGCAAGAAAACUCAUAAAAGAACUUGUUUGCGGCCAGAAUUUUUCACUAACCUAAAACGUUCAGUAAUAGAGGCUAGGGGCAGGGCCGUAGCAGGCGAUGGAGCACUGGGGGCACGUACCCCCCCCCCCCCCUCCCAAAUAUUUUCUAAAAUAAUAAGGAAAUGACCGGUAGGGGCGUGGCUGUGCCCCCCAUGGUUUUCAAUGUUUCUGUAUCGUGCCCCCCCCCCCCCCAAUAAUUCGAGGCUUGCUACGGCUAUGAGGAGUGCUGAGUGAGUCGAGCUCGACCAAUCAGCGAACGACAAAUAAUCAUAGAAGACCCUCGUGAGCGAAGACGGCGAAGCACUCUGAGUCCGACUUAUAGCGAUCGUUAUGUAUUAGACCUUUUCUUUGUAAGUUACACUAUUUCAAAAACGUUUGCACUGAAGAAACCACAGUCGCAACCCGCCGUAGUUCAUGGCUCGCAAUUGCUCGACGCUAAAAAUGUCAAUCUUGUAUUUUGUAUGUAUUUUUACUGUACUAAAAUUGGGGUCAAGGGGUCUUCAAGGAAGAUCCAGAGCGUAUGGCUGCGUAAACAGCGAAUGGCUAUUGUCACAGCUGUUUAAUUAGCUAGAUUUUGCUCAAACGCAAUACAGUGAAAACUUUUGGCGGUAAGCUUGGUAUAAGACUUUACUGUAGAAAUAUGGAGUGGACACUAAGCACCUACAGGUUAUUUUGGGAAAAGAAUAGAUGGCUCAUGAACACACGCCAUGAAAAUAAGAAAGAUUGAAUAUAAUAGUUUUGCAUGAAAUGCACCUAGUAAAGCUUAUAACAGACUGAAUGUUUUUCCGAAAAUUUCUCUAGAUGGAAGCAAUUUACGUUUUACAAGAUCUAAGUUCUUUAGUUCCUGUUUUUAUUUAUUGUAUUCUACGAUGCUAAUAGGCGUUUUCGAUAAACAGAAAAAUAAUCGCACAUUUUAAUACCGGUAUUAAUAACGCAUGGAAAGCAGUUUGAAGUUUGACCACAAAGUUUGUCUACUUAGUAGUACUGCAAGGUAGUAAUGUAGAUUUGUUAGUAAUGUAGAAUACCUUGUUAGUAAUGGAGAAUAUUUAUUUCAAACGCCUGUAAUCGAAAUUUAAACCAUUGAGCUGUAGACAUUUGCUUCACGGUGAUUUUGUUCAAACAAGUUAUUUCUAAAGUCGCUAUUUUGAAGAAAAAGUUUUGAGAUAGUUUUGUUUAAUUGGGGUCGCUCUUCACGGACACACUAACAGAUUGAUCUUAAUUACGUAAAGGAUUGAUCUUUAAUUACGUAAAGGGUUGAUCUUUAAUUACAAAAAGGGUUGAUCUUUAAUUACAAAAAGGGUUGAUCUUCAAUUACGUAAAGGGCGCAAACGCUGAUAUACCAUAUUUGAUAACUACCUUUGCAUGUCCGCUGCCAUCACAUAAAAGUGAAACAAAUUAAAAAAAUCACCCUCA